GCCCAUCUCAGCUUCUUAUUUCACAAAGCAUCUCCCAAGGUCAAUAGAAGAUUUAUUCAAUGGCUGAAAAAUCUGUUUUCAACCUUCUUCUUCCUCUUUUGUUGCUGGUUACACUUAGUACAGGUGGAAACUGUGAUAUAACCUUCAUGUUUGAAAAUAAUUGCCAGGAAACAUUGUGGUUUGCCUCAAGCCCAUCGGACGGAGACCUUGAUCCCGAAAAUGGACCAGACACACUGGAAAUAUUCUCCAUGCCGGAUCCAUGGAGUGGAAGUAUAUGGGUACGAACCAAGUGUACCACCAAUUUAACUGGUUACUUCUCUUGCGAAACUGGAGAUUGCGGGUCAGGCACAAUAGACUGCCAGGGUCCACCACCCACAUUCCCAGUCACUGAACUCAAUUUCAAUAUCAAUCAAAAUGUGGUUUCAUAUGAAGUGAGCUUGAUCCAUGGGCACAACAUUGCAGUCCGGAUCCAACCGAAUGGCGGGUCAUUAACCGAAGGCGGAUCUGGGCCGUGCCCUGUCGUAGAUUGCAUUGAGGAUAUUAGCAACAUUUGUCCAGCUCCUCUGGUGGCUAAAAACAAAGAUGGAGUCUAUGUUGGAUGCUAUAAUGCAUGUGAUAUAUUAAAGGAUCCAAAAUAUUGCCGGGAUAAUGAAUACUCACAACUUUUCAAGAAAUUGUGCAAUUUAGCACAUACUUAUCCUGGAGACAGUAAUCCUCCACUUUACAAAUGCAGUGGGGCUAUCAGUUACAAUAUCACGUUCUGUCCUGUGUUAUAAAUUUUGACAAAUUCUAUAAUUCAAUAAACUCAUUUACAUUUAUGUGAAUGUAAGGAAUAUAGAAAUUUAGCGUUCCUGAUUCACGUCUUUCAAUAAAUUUUCCUUUU